AUGGUCAACUUCAAAGACUUGCCUGUGGAGAUGCGAUCCCAAAUCUGGGCCGCGUCUCUGUCUAAUGCAGAUAUGCAGGGCAUAUACUUCUUUGACCCGGAGGACUUUGGACUUGAUGAACAUGGUGAGGGCAAUCACGCCGACUCAGACUGGGAGGUGGAGCGCGAGGUCAUCGUCGCUUUCCCGACAAUCAUGCACUUGUGCCGCGAGUCUCGCGAGUACGCCAAAAGCAAUCUAUCGUUCAGGGAGGACACCUUCAAAGGCAUCAACGUGCCCUGCCGCCCGUACCGACCAGAGACGGAUAUCUUCUUUGUGCCGCACCAGCAUUUCGACAGCUUCGUCACAGCUGUCCGGACAGCCCAGGACGACGAGUACCUCGGGAAGCUCCAGGACGGCAAGAAGGCAUUCUGCCGAGAGAUCGCGAAUCUUGCCUUCAGCUCGCGUAUUCUCGCGGACGAGGAUGCGGGCAUGUUGGCAUAUUUCGUUACCGAGAUGACGGCACUGCGGCAUCUGUUCUUCGUGUUUGGCAACACUGAUACGCUCGACUUGUCGAAGCCACUGGCUUUGGCCGACCUGGAGACAGGCAAGGCAGAACUAGUCCAUGGGAAGCCGCGCACCAAGGUCCACGUGGAAGAGACACUAGAUGGGUUUAUGAACGAAGCGUCACUCUGGGAGAUAUCUGAUGAAGCUACUGCGCCGUGGGAUGAAUAUACUGGCGAGUGGCUUUUUGACAUGGUGGCAAAGAGGAUGGAGCAAGUCCGUGGGUUGAUCUAG